UUGUUUCUCUCCUUCAUCUCACCACCACACGAUUUCUCUCCGUUCUCCUCCCUCUCCGUCUCUCCCUCCCCUCCCCUCCUCUUGAACCCUCCACGGAAAAAAAAAACCCGAACAAUUCGAGAUUUGUAUUAAGGUCUCGGUUGCUGCUGACCGGGAGGGUGAUUGGAGGAGUAGCGGCCUAAUUGUUUGGUCCACGGCACGAUGAUGGUGAACGCGAAGCUCCAGAAGCAGGCGCCGCUGCCGCCGCGCAGCCCGUUCCCGACGGUGGCGGCGGCGCCGUCACAGUACGCGGACCACGGCCUGAUCGCCCGGACGCAGGGCGCCUCGCACCACCGGCAUGCUCAUGGGCACGGGCACGGGCACGGGCAUCACCAGCGCACGUCGUCGGAGAGCUUCAUAGAGGAACAGCCGUCGUGGCUCGAUGACCUUCUCGACGAGCCCGAGACGCCGGUGCGGCAGCACGGUCGGGCCGGGCACCGCAGGUCGUCGAGCGACUCCUUUGCUCUGCUCGAUGGAGGUGCUGCCGGUGCCGGUGCUUACGCCAAUGGCUUUGAGGCGAUGGGUGUAGGAGGUGGGCAGGCUGCGCCAUGGGGCGGUGUGCAGGACUACUACGCCAAGCCAGGCCCGUUUGGGAGGCCACAGGGCCGGCCAUGGGAGCAAAGCAUGCCGAAUUUGGUGGGUUACAGGCAUGGUGGUUGCCCAUCAGUGCCGGCGAAAGAGAAGGUUGGUGGACAUCAUGGGCCACCGAACGCAUUGAGGGAUCGUGACCAUGGCAUGGACAAGAGAGCUCCUGACGAGGCAGGGCAUGAUCAAAAGGUUGGGGUGAAGGAGGGUGUGCCGCCGAAGUAUGCACAGUCAGAGGCGGACACCAAGCGUGCUAAACAGCAAUAUGCUCAGAGGUCCCGUGUCCGGAAGCUCCAGUAUAUUGCAGAGCUUGAGAGAAAAGUCCAGGCAUUGCAGUCAGAAGGGAUAGAAGUGUCUGCUGAAUUGGAGUUUCUUACCCAACAGAAUAUUAUGCUUGACCUGGAAAAUAAAGCCUUGAAGCAAAGGCUGGAGAGUAUAGGACAGGAGCAACUAAUUAAACGCUUUCAACAGGAGAUGUUUGAGAGGGAAAUUGGUCGUCUCAGAUCACUGUAUCAGCAGCAGCCACAGCCUCCUGCUCAUGUUCGUAGUAACAGCAGAGACCUCGAUUCCCAAUUUGCUAACUUGUCUCUGAAACACAAAGAUCCCAACUCGGGACGAGACACUCUUUCCAGGCCUCUUCGUACUUAGUUCUUUUCAGCCUUUUGUUCUUGUGGAUUCCGCACCAGUUGCCACCACACUGGCCGUCAUCUGCCUCAAGAAAGGAGAAGUGCACUUGGAAUGAGUGAAUAACAUCGGAAAUGCUAGCAACUAUGGAUCUGAUCCUUAUUCUUUCGAGAUAUGCACCUGGCGGUCAUCCUCAGCUUGCGUCCAUUGUUGAUGUCGACCAGUCGGAGGUGUUAGGAUUUCUUUUUAGCUAGAUGCUUUUCUAGCAUCAUUGUACCAUUUCGGAUGCUAGGGUUCUAAUUUGUUCCUAUUCUCUUUGUUUCCUGCAAUGCGUCCUUCAUGCAUCUUAGCCAUGUUUGGAUUAGUCUACCGUAUCGAUGGAAUGUGGAGCACUAGUCAGCAUUUGAUAAGAUGCUUUGGAAAUGUGCCACAUCCUCGACAAGUGUAGGUUGUACUAUUUUAUUAUUUAUCGGUACUGAAUAAGCUAGUGCAAAUGAAGUUUUAGCGUUCUUCAGA